CGCUGCCCCGGAAGGACCCGGCCGUGGGCGGGCAGAGUGCGGAAGCGUUGAGGCGGCUGUAGGGAGGGGUCCGGCACCCGCUCCCGUCCCCGGCCCCGUCCUCGGCCUCCGCCGCGCCUCGCACCAUGGGCAACCGCGACGACGAGUACGAUUAUCUCUUCAAAGUUGUCCUUAUUGGAGACUCUGGAGUAGGCAAGAGUAACCUCCUGUCUCGAUUCACUCGCAAUGAGUUUAACUUGGAAAGCAAAAGCACCAUUGGAGUAGAAUUUGCAACAAGAAGCAUUCAAGUUGAUGGGAAGACAAUAAAGGCUCAGAUAUGGGACACAGCAGGGCAGGAGCGAUACCGAGCUAUAACAUCAGCGUACUAUCGAGGUGCUGUAGGGGCAUUGCUGGUGUAUGACAUUGCUAAGCACCUUACUUAUGAGAAUGUAGAGAGAUGGUUGAAAGAGCUGAGAGACCACGCAGACAGCAAUAUUGUAAUCAUGCUUGUGGGAAACAAGAGUGACUUGCGCCACCUGAGAGCAGUCCCUACAGAUGAGGCCAGAGCUUUUGCAGAGAAGAAUGGUUUGUCAUUUAUCGAGACAUCUGCUUUAGACUCUACAAAUGUGGAAGCAGCUUUCCAGACUAUUCUGACAGAGAUCUAUCGUAUUGUUUCCCAGAAGCAAAUGUCCGACAGACGUGAGAAUGAUAUGUCUCCAAGCAACAACGUGGUUCCCAUUCAUGUCCCUCCAACCACUGAAAACAAACCAAAGAUGCAGUGCUGUCAGAAUAUAUAAGAAUUGUUCAUUCUUUCCUAAAAGGCUGUGUAUAUUCCCCAGGUCCAAGAUUUAAAUAUAUUUGUAAUUCUUGUGGUUACUUUCUUGUGUUCAGUUAUUGCUUAUUCCUUCUGAAUUUCUCCAUGUCUUAAACAUCUUGAUUUCUGUGUUUAUAAUCUAUUGCUUCUCUGUGGCUGCAGUAUUUUCCCAACGCUGACUUGUCAGUUUUGGUUCAGUAAAUUGUUUGGAGCUGAACUGAUCUCUUUGCAGCGUGAUGCCCGCUAGUCAGAACACAGACACAUUUAGUGAGCACUUGAAGAUAUAAUUCUGCUCCUUGCAAAACAAUUAUUGUUGGGUUAACUAGGAGAAUAUCUCUGGGCAGGAUAAUCUGUCUUUGUCUUAAGGUGUUGUAUACUGCAUCUAAAGCUUGAUAGAAUGCCUGUUGCUCUGAAGUGCAAUUUUAAUGUAAAGUUAAAUGUCUUUGGCUACAUCUUCAGAUUGCCAAGAGGAGAUCUUGCUAUAGAAUAUUCUGGGGGAGGUGGGGGGUGAGAAUUUCUCACAAUCAAGCAGCAGGGUUCUUGCUACUGGUGAAUGAGCUUUUGUGGUUUGGCACCUGCUGCAGGGGGCUGCAGUGCAGGCAGGGCUGCUGCAGGUGCUGGUGGGACUCACGUGAGCUGCCUUCGUGAAGGAGGGAGAAGGAGAAGCAGCGUGUGUCACGGAGGGUCACUGGAACAUGCAGUGUGUUUUUGUGCUGCCUGAAGCUCAGCCUCCACAGUGCCAGUGCUGUCAGGGCUUGAGGAUGCCUUUUUUCUUUCAUGAUGCACAAACUUGAAGGAUGUUGUCACACAUUGCCUAUCACAUACCAAUACAUGCCACACGUGCUAAGAUACUCAGAUGCUCAAUUUGAUCAGCAACUGCUACAACUUGGUCUUAGUCUUCAGUUCUAUUUCAUCCAGUAUUUUUAAACGAUUCCAGUGGUUUGGUACAUGUUCUGUAACAAGAACAUCUGGAGUAGUUACUGGAUGCAAUCAUUCAGUGGUGGUCACUCAGCACAACUCAUCAGUUCAAUUAGUUAGUUCAGGGAUACAUGAACUGUGCCUUCUGUCGCUGUACUCUGAAACCACUGCAUAUCACUCAGCACGUGCUAUCCCCAGCCAUGCCAUUAAUGUUGAGAUGUGGGGGCUAUCAGCACUGAAUUUCUACUGGAUUUAAAAGAACUGUUUGUAUAAAUGCCAGCGGUUAUCUGUACAAUUAGAGGAAGUAAUUGUCUGUAGGGGACAUCUCUCAAACUCUGAUAUGACCCACCUAGAACAUCUGGAUUUGGGUAGGCACUACCAGCUGCAUUUCUUACCCAACCUUUCUGUCUUGCGGUGCUCAUGAUGUGUAAGGCACACGGAAGGCAUUGCUGUAGUUGGUCACUUUUUUUUUUUCUUAAAUCCAUUUUCUCCUCCUAAUAUUAGUUCUGAAGAUGCUAUUUUGAUCUGUUUGUAAAUUACUUUGUAUUUUAUGCAUGUACUGUAACUUGAUUCAUUAUUUUUUUAGAUUGAUUUAAAAUAUAUUCAUCCAUGAUUCUAAUAAAGAAUUACAGGGGACAACUCAA